AUGAUUAAAUUUUAUUUUAUUAUAGUUAUUUUAUUACUGUUAAAUAACCUUAUUGUGGUUUAUGCUAAAGUUCGUCAACCAUUCCCUGGAAAUGGUGUUUUAACUAUUACAAAGAACGGUGGUAUUGAAGAUACAAAUGAAAUAGUGCAAGUUGAUUUACACUCUUUCCAAACAUUGAUUGUAAAUAGAAAACUCUUACCAAUGGAUAUCAAAGCUAUCAAAGACAUAUACAAUGACGCAAUUUUUAAAAUACUACCAGGCCACACCAAUUUUACAUUACAAGAACCACAAUUCUACGAGUACUUAUAUUAUGUAUCAAUACCAACCCCAUUAUUAAACUAUCAACAAAAAACAAUUUUAUGGAAUUCAAAUUCUAAAAAACCAAGUUUUUUUUAUGAAUUAGAAAGAAUAGUUUUUGAAUAUGGUGUAAGAAUUGUUUAA